AUGGGCUCGUGCUUCUUGCACAACGAGUUGAAUUUGCUAGAUUUGCUUCUGCAGCCGCUUCCCUGCUCAUCUUUUAUUGCUGCCUCAUGUGCUCAGACCCAAUCAUCAACCAGCUUUGAGGAUCCAAACCACACCUACAAUGGUGCCCAUACCGAUGAUCAAACAAGGCGUUCGCAAAAAAGAACCUCUGACAGGGCUGAAGCCACUCCUGACAUGAAUGAGUUUAAUCUAAACCCUGAUUUGCGGCUGGAUAGUGCCUUGGGCACUGCAACAGACCUUGGUUCGGGAGUUGGAGGAAAGCGAAACCACUCGACCGCUUUCCUAAGCACUGAAACUGAAGCAUGGCCGAAUAAGCUGGCUGAGCCCAACAUCCGUCUUAUGACUGAUGACAAUAACAGUGGCCACCUUCCCAGUUGCUUAGCCUCCGAGAUUUGGAGCUAUCCAGAGAGACGACUUCCGGCCGGAUUUGACUCAGCCAGCCUCAUAGUUAGCAAAGCUGGCGUCUCAGAACGCCCUGUCUGCGAAGCAACAAUUGCUUUGAGAUCUUCGGCAAUUUCGUCUACCUCUGCCACCCCCUCAACCAGCCCACCCACCGCCAGCAACAGAAGCAAUUCUUUCAACGAUCAAAUAAAUAUUGCACCAGUAUCAACGGCACCGCUAAGCGUCACAUCCCCCCCCACCCACUCUUCAUUAUCGUUAUCCUCCAUCUUCUCAUUAUCCUCCACGAAUGCUUCACAGAUAUCCUUCGGUGAUGCAGUCUCGAACUUAAGCAGCACUGGCUUCACCAAGUCUACCGGCAACAAGCUAGAAGAACUAGUCUCUUCGGGGCCAAGUUCAACUUUCGAAGAUGCGUGGGCAUCUCUAAUACCAUUAGUGCGAGGAAUUCAGGAGGCAUGGCGUCACUUACCUUUGCGAGGUUCGGCCCAGGUUGACCGGCUACGAGCGGGUACAGUCUGGUCAAUUGGUAGGUUAACCACGACAGACAGUUUUGGGUCAGCAAUAAGAAUUAAAAAUAAACUACAUACUUUUAUAACAAGCGCAGCUGCAUUUCGGUAA